CUGCCUGUUCGAAAUGGCUACUUCUAACCAUACAUCAACGGGUGGGCUUUGGAGAGCUAGGAACACGAACGACUUGAAUAGUUUGGGAAGAACUUAACUCGAAAUAUCCGUUGUGUCUUGUGUUACUCGAUGAUGUUUCCCACGAAACCUUGGGCCGGGCCCGGAAACGUUAAUCGAUCAGUGAUCGGGGACGCUUCCUCACAGGCCAUAGCUAUCAUGAUUUGUUUACCAGGUGACUUUGGUUACGGGAGUCCUGGUGUAGCUGGCUGUGAUUGCCAGCUAUGUUACACCCUAUCAAAAGAAAGAGCUAUACUUGGGCGGGCGGGGCGGAGCGGUCUAACAUCAGUGGCCUUAUUCCCAAUAUUGGAACUUGUAGCGACAUCAUUCGGACAUCACUUUGCGGCACGUCGGGAUAUAAUGCUGCAUUUGGGUACCUUGCCGCGCUAUAGCAUCAGAACCAAGCUCAAAAUUGAUUGUGGGGUGCGUGUGGCCUGCCUUCGCUUCUGGGCUCCAAGCAGUGAUUCUGAGCCUCAUUCGGAAUUCCCCAUAUUUACCUGCAAUCUGGUGGCCAGGCAGCAGGCCUUUGCCCCUCUUUUACACAAAUCUUCUCUCUCUAACCUAAUUGGGACCCUCUGAGCGCUUUCACGCGUCAUUACCGUUGACAAUUAGCGUAUCUGAGCCGCCAGCCUCGUCGGAGGCCCUGGCCCGUGCCUGAGGGAGCAUAAAAGUACCCGCCCCACCUUUCCACAAUCGCUUCAACUAUCACAAUAACAACCUCCUUCUGAGUACAAUAGCAGUACAAUAGCUAUCACCAACAAUACAAUCAGC